AUGAUCAAAGCUAUUUUGGUAUUUAACAACCAUGGAAAACCAAGAUUGUCUAAAUUUUAUCAUUAUUUUAAUGAAGAUAUGCAGCAACAAAUAAUAAAAGAAACAUUUCAACUAGUAUCAAAAAGAGACGACAACGUAUGUAAUUUUUUAGAAGGAGGAAGUUUAAUCGGUGGGUCGGAUUACAAAUUAAUUUACAGGCAUUAUGCAACGCUCUACUUUGUGUUCUGCGUCGACAGCUCGGAGUCUGAGUUAGGGAUACUUGACCUAAUUCAGGUGUUUGUCGAAACACUGGACAAGUGUUUUGAAAAUGUCUGCGAGCUAGACCUGAUAUUCCACGUAGAUAAAGUCCAUUAUAUCCUCAAUGAGCUGGUGAUGGGCGGUAUGGUCCUGGAGACUAACAUGACGGAGAUUCUCACGCGGAUAGAGGACCAGAAUAAAUUAGAGAAGCAAGAGGCCGGAAUAACAGCAGCUCCAGCAAGAGCAGUCUCAGCGGUUAAAAAUAUGAACAUCCCUCAGCAAAUAAAAGAUAUGAAGCUUCCCGACCUACCACAAGCUAUUAAAGAUCUUAAAUUCUGA